AUGGACAACGAUAAGGCGAUACUGAAGCAACUGGGAAUUGAAAUUCCUUACGAUCCAGCAACCUUGGCAAUGAGUUUCAUCCUCAGGAGCCUAGUGCUGGCCUCCUACCUGCCUUUUGUGGUGACUUUGCCUGAAACACUGGCCGUCCCUGAGAAGCUGCAAGAAGCUGUAGAGAAAGUCAUUGUCAACGCCACAACCUGUACUGUCACUUGUGGCCUUGGCUACAAGGAGGAGACCGUCUGUGAGGUGGGCCCUGACGGGGUGAGAAGGAAAUGUAAGUCUCAACGCUUGGAAUGUCUGACCAACUGGAUCUGUGGGAUGCUUCAUUUCACCAUUCCCGUGGGGAAGGAGUUUGAGCUGAGCUGUCUGAGUGCCGACAUCCUGGAGGUUGGGCAGGAAGCUUUCCGGUUCACCUGGAGACUUGCUCGAGGUAUCAUCUCCACCAAUGAUGAGCUCUUCAAACCCUUCCGAACCGAUUCCCACUUUGUGAAGUUUGCGUCUGCUAGGGAGUUUGACUCUGGGACGUACCGGUGUGAUGUGCAGAUGUUAAGAGACUUGAAAUUUGUCAAGAGGCUCUAUUAUGGGCUGCGGAUCCUUCCGCCACACUUGGUGAAGCUGGAUUUCGAGGAGUCCCUGACGGAGGGUCAGAAGUUAGUGGAUAAGGGACUGGAAAUAAAUCCGGACAACUAUUCCCAGCCUCCCCGUCUGACCUGGAAGAAGGAUGUGGCAUCUGCUUUGGGACUAGGAAUCACCAGUGGAGUGGCUGGUGGUGUGGUGGUGAGCGUGGCCCUCUGCCGUGGGCUGAGGCUGACCUACAGAGGCGGUGACGGUAAUGAGGAGGAGGAAGAUGAGGACAAGGACGAAGAGGAGGAACACAGCCCUAACGGGUUAAAGGCUUUGCUCCUGAGGAAGCCGAGCUGA